AUCAAUCAACCUCAACGACAACUGCUUCUGGCGAAUUGAAAAAAGAGAAAAAAAAAAUGGCAAACAGCAGCAAUAAAGGCGAACCGAACACAGGUCCUCAAGCCGAUCGAUGGUACAAUCUAACCCUAGGUUCUUCCUUCAAAGACCACCACCCCUCCUCCAAGUUCUGCACUUUACGCUAUGAAUUUAAACCAGCUUCAAUUGAUAAGAACCAACCUGGAACUCUACACAAGAACAAAGAGAAUAGGGUGACUGUUGAAUUUCACAACAAUCAACCUGGAAGACCCAAAGUGACCUUCGAGGGUAGUAGUAGUGAGGACUACAAGGAGAAUGAUGCCGUCUUGUUCUUUGAUGGUGAAACGCUUCGUUUAGAGCGGUUGCACCGAGCGGUGAAGCGUUUGAGGCAUGUUCGGCUACCCGGCGAGUCGGCAGCUCCACCCACAGCUGUGGCUAGUUCGGCUGGUGUGGGUGCCGAGUCUAGAGUGGGUGCCGAGUCUAGUUCACCGCCGGUCGGAAAAGGGGCUAAAUUCCAGCCUUCGAAUAAAGGAAUGGUUCAUCCAAUUGCGGUUGAGGUGGAAAGAAUUGAAAUUGGUGACUUCAAAAGCUCGGAUGCAAAACCUAGAAAUGAGAAGGUUGUCAAUUAUCCAUCUGCCCCUCCCACCAGUCAAUCAAAUGCAUCACCAGACCUUAAGAAUGAUGAUGACCUGGAAGAACAGUUGGAUAUAAUCAAUUCCGAUGAUGAUGGUGCCGGAGCAGCUAAUAGAGGGAAUUCUGCUGAAAAGGACUUCCAUACUGGCAUCGAUAUUAACAUUCCACAUCAGAAUGAUACAGACGAUGAGAUUGCUGAUGUAGAUGCAAGUGAUGAUGAAGCUGAUAAAGGCCGAAAUGCUGCAGAAGCUCUUAGAGCACAGGUGAAUGCAGAGGAAAGACAGGAGCAAACAACGAGCUCAAGCGGUAGCAGUGGGAGUGAGAGUAGUGGGAGCGGGAGCGGGAGUGGAAGUGGGAGUGGGAGUGGGAGCAGCAGCAGUGAUAGUGAAAGCAGUGAUGGUGACUCAGUCAACUCCAUCUGAUGCAUAGAAGUCGUCAGGCCAUUUGAAAGUGAAUGCCAAAACAUUAGCUAUUAUAGCAACACAAAAUAGCAUUGUUUCCUUAACUGUUCCAUUCAAGUGAGGAUGCACCCUAAGAGAAGUGGCGGAGCCACAGAUUCUGCUCUUGGUGUGGAUUUCAGUGAAAGCUUUGGGGAAGGUGCUAUGCUGAAUUCCAUCUUGUUACAUGGUAUGUUCAUGGACAGGUCACCUGGUUGGAUUUUCCCGAGUAUGUUUACGUGGUCUUUUUUCUUUUCCUUUUAUUGCUUUUCCUUAUUGUUGAGAAUCGAGAUCAAGGAUGAUAAGCUUAUGCUACAACCUGGAUGAUUACUGGUGUUUUUUUCAUUCUUAUUGUAAAAGAAUUGGAGGAUAACCCUAAUUAUGUGAUGUAAAUUUAUUCAAGUGCAAAAGUAACUGAAUGUAAUUGUGAAAAAGUCUUUUUG